UUUUUUUCAUCUAGAAUAACACUUACAAAUACACCUAAAAUACACACACAAAGAUUGAAAGUCAAAUACACGAAAAUCCAUCUACAAAUCUGGAAAUGUUUACCUUUCAAUCGGUCUUCUCUGUGUUUUUACAGAGAAGACCAAAAAGAUUAAAAAAAGAAAUGGCCAUAAAUUCCUCAAGUUUUACCCCAUAAUUAAGAAGAACCUUCCCGCGAAAAUUAUUUGUUUCAUCUCCCCCCCCAAGUCUCAAUGACAUCAUUGCAGACGAAAACAAAAUUACAAAACAACUGAUUUAAAAAAACCUCAGCAUCUAUGAUCUAACCUCAUCAAUCUCCAACCAUAUUAUAAUCCAGAAAUCCAUUUCUUCUUCCUUUUUUUUUUGUUUAGAAAAAAAAAAUCCCAUCUUGUUUUUGAUCCUUAAUAUAAUAUUUUUCAAUGAUUUUGUUAAUUUCAUGAAGAAUAUUAAAAAGGGUCUUAAUUUUGUUUCAAAAUUUUUAAUUUUUUCCUAUAAUUGAAUAGUAGCUGGGCUGGAGUUUUUGAAAGUUUCUUUGAGCCAAAAUGCGUGUCUUCAAUCAUUCAAUCCAACGGCUGCAAAGUCAAAGCCAUGAAAGAGAGAGAGGAAAAAGACCAUAGAAGAAGAGGAGAGGAGGGAAAGGAAAGGGAAGACUGAAGAGAUCCAAGUCAAUGUUCAAACCAUUUGGGCUGAGUGAAUAAUCAAAAUACAAAGAACAUUUCUUUAAUUCUUCCUCACAUUGCCUGGUUCUUUCUUCUUCUUCUUCUUCUUCUACCCACCUCCUCUGUCCCAUUUAAUUAAAAUACAUAGUCUUCCCUUUGGAAUUUUAUUACAACCAAUUAGCUUAAGUCAUAUUUGUUGGUCACUCCUUUGGCUUCUGGGAUCAUUUAUAUUCUAAGCUUAGACUUGGUUUUUUGGAGUUUUUUUUUGGAGGUUGAAAUAUCUGAACUGGUUUCACAGAUUUUGGUUUUCUACAUUGGCACCCUUUUCCUGUAUAUGCUUAUAGCCUCACCAUUCUGUUUGUUCUUGUAACUUCAAGCUCUGAUUUUUUUUAACUUCUUCAACCUUCAGUUGAAGUUUACUGCUUUUCACCAGUUGGGUUUUUGUUUAUUCUUUGAUUUUUUUGUUUUGGCGCCUGGGUUUCUGAGCUCUUUGCGUUAAAAAGGCCAUUUUUUUGGGUUCUGUUCUUUUUGUCAUAUUAUUAGUUUAUUCCAUCAGUGGCUUGUAAGAAAGUUGCAAUUUUGAGGCCUCUUUUGGUGCGGGAAUUUCUGUUGGAAGGCUGGUUUUCAGUACUAGUUCCAAAUCAUUGUUCUGAGAGGCUGAUUCCUUGGUAUUUCAAGAUUGGAGGUGUUAGUUCGAAGCAAAUCUAAUGGCACCAAAAGAAAGGAACAGAGGUGGUAAAAGGAAGAAACUACAUUUCAGCAAGAUCUAUACAUUUAGAUGUGGUAAAGCUGGAUUCAAAGAAGACCAUUCGAACAUUGGCGGCCCAGGAUUCUCCAGAGUGGUAUAUUGCAAUGAACCAGGCAGUUUUGAGGCUGGUUUGAGGAAUUAUCCUGGGAACUAUGUCAGGAGUACAAAGUAUACAGUUGCCUCUUUCUUGCCUAAAGCUUUGUUUGAGCAGUUCAGAAGGGUGGCUAAUUUUUACUUCCUUGUCACUGGUAUUUUGUCAUUCACAUCACUGGCUCCUUACAGUGCUGUCAGUGCCAUAAUUCCUCUGAUAAUUGUGAUUGGGGCAACCAUGGUUAAAGAAGGUAUUGAAGACUGGCGGAGGCAACAGCAGGAUCUGGAAGUCAAUAACCGAAAAGUUAAAGUGCAUGCUGGUGAUGGACGUUUUGAGCCUAUAGAAUGGAAAAAUCUUAGAGUUGGUGAUAUAGUUAAAGUAGAGAAAGAUGAAUUCUUUCCAGCAGACCUCCUUUUACUUUCAUCCAGUUAUGACGAUGCCAUCUGCUAUGUUGAGACAAUGAAUCUUGACGGUGAGACAAAUUUGAAGCUUAAACAGUCAUUAGAGGUCACUUCAUCCUUGGGUGAAGAUGCAGACUAUAAAAAUUUCAAAGCCCUUGUAAAAUGUGAGGAUCCAAAUGCUAAUUUGUAUGCUUUUGUUGGAAGUAUGGAAUAUGAAGAGCAACAACAUCCUCUUUCUCCUCAGCAGUUAUUGCUAAGAGAUUCAAAACUGCGAAAUACUGACCACAUUUAUGGGGCUGUUAUCUUUACUGGUCAUGACACAAAGGUCAUCCAGAACUCCACUGACCCCCCUUCAAAGCGAAGCAAAAUUGAGAAGAAAAUGGACAAGAUCAUCUACUUCUUGUUUGCUGUAUUGUUCACAAUGGCUCUCGUGGGGUCAAUUUACUUCGGCAUUGUAACCAAAAGGGACUCUCGUGUGCACAACAGAUGGUAUCUGCGACCAGACAAUGCCAAAAUCUUCUUUGAUCCGAAGAGGGCUCCUGCUGCUGCUGUAUAUCACUUCUUGACGGCCAUAAUGUUGUACAGCUACUUGAUUCCAAUCUCCUUGUAUGUGUCUAUAGAAAUUGUGAAAGUUCUGCAGAGCAUGUUCAUCAAUCAAGACAUUAACAUGUAUUAUGAGGAAACUGACAAACCUGCCCAUGCACGCACCUCGAAUUUGAAUGAAGAACUUGGCCAAGUGGAUACCAUCCUUUCCGAUAAGACAGGCACAUUGACAUGCAACUCAAUGGAAUUCAUCAAGUGCUCUGUGGCUGGGACUGCUUAUGGUCGGGGUGUAACAGAGGUGGAAAGGGCAAUGGCAAAAAGAAAUGGAUCUCCUUUGCUUGUAAAUGGAAAGGAUGUUGUCGAGGAAUCUCCUGAGGGAAAAGGUUCAUCCAUUAAAGGCUUCAAUUUUGAUGAUGAGCGGAUAAUGGAUGGCAAUUGGCAGGAUGAACCCCAUGCGGAUGUCAUACAGAAAUUUUUUCGUUUGCUGGCAGUUUGUCAUACUGCUAUACCUGAAGUAGAUGAGGACACAGGAAAGAUUACUUAUGAAGCUGAGUCACCAGAUGAAGCAGCUUUUGUGAUUGCAGCACGAGAAAUUGGAUUUGAGUUCUUCAGAAGAACACAAACCACAGUUUCAGUGAAUGAGUUGGAUCCUUCAACAGGCAAGAAAACAGAGAGGUCAUAUACUCUUCUAAAUGUUUUAGAAUUCAACAGUACUAGGAAACGGAUGUCUGUUAUAGUAAAGGAUGAAGAAGGGAAGCUCUUAUUGCUCUCUAAAGGUGCUGACAGUGUAAUGUUUGAAAGGCUUGCAAAAACCGGUAGGGAGUUUGAAGAGGAAACUAGGGAACACGUUAAUGAGUAUGCUGAUGCAGGAUUGAGAACUUUGAUACUGGCCUAUAGAGUACUCAGCGAGGAAGAAUAUAAGAUUUUCAAUGAAAAGUUUUUAGAGGCGAAAAAUUCAGUCAGUGCUGAUCGUGAAGCUUUGAUUGAUGAUGUGACAGAAACGAUUGAAAAAGAUUUAAUUCUUCUUGGUGCAACUGCAGUUGAGGACAAGCUUCAACCUGGGGUUCCAGAAUGCAUUGAUAAACUUGCUCAAGCAGGCAUAAAGAUAUGGGUUCUGACCGGAGAUAAGAUGGAAACUGCCAUUAAUAUCGGUUAUGCUUGUAGUUUGCUUAGACAAGGAAUGAAGCAAAUAACCAUAACCCUUGAGCUUCCUGAAAUCAUGGCUCUUGAAAAGGGAGAUGACAAGCAAGCUAUUUCCAAGGCUUCGAAGGCUAGUAUUGAACGUCAGAUUACUGAGGGAAAAGCUCUGGUUAAAUCAAGUGCCGAUGCUUGCGCUUUGAUAAUUGACGGAAAAUCUCUUGCAUACGCACUUGAAGAUGACACGAAGAACUUGUUUUUGGAACUAGCAUUGAGUUGUGCAUCUGUUAUAUGUUGUCGAUCAUCACCAAAGCAGAAAGCAUUGGUUACCAGACUUGUUAAAUCUGGAACUAAGAAGACGACCUUAGCUAUUGGUGACGGAGCCAAUGACGUAGGAAUGCUUCAAGAAGCUGAUAUUGGAAUUGGUAUCAGUGGUGUUGAAGGAAUGCAGGCUGUUAUGUCUAGUGACGUCGCAAUUGCACAAUUUCGAUACCUGGAGCGCUUGCUUUUGGUACAUGGGCACUGGUGCUACCGGAGGAUUUCUUCUAUGAUUUGUUAUUUCUUCUACAAGAAUAUCGUAUUUGGCUUUACCGUUUUCUUAUAUGAAGCCUACGCAUCCUUCUCUGGGCAGCCUGCCUACAACGACUGGUUCUUGUCACUUUACAAUGUCUUCUUCACAUCACUUCCUGUUAUUGCUUUGGGUGUUUUUGACCAAGAUGUAUCUGCUCGAUUUUGUCUUAAGUUUCCGUUGUUGUAUCAAGAAGGUGUACAGAAUGUUCUUUUCAGCUGGCGUCGAAUAAUCGGAUGGAUGUUCAAUGGCGUUUGCAGUGCUGUGAUUAUCUUCUAUCUCUGCAUCACAGCGCUUGAUCCACAAGCCAUUAAGAAGGAUGGAAAAGUAGCUGGAUUUGAAAUUCUUGGUACAACCAUGUACACAUGCGUCGUCUGGGUUGUGAACACUCAGAUGGCUCUAGCUGUGAGUUACUUCACUUUGAUACAGCACAUCUUCAUUUGGGGUGGCAUUGCUUUAUGGUAUCUUUUCCUUCUGGCUUAUGGAGCCAUGCCUCCCACCAUAUCAACCACAGCAUACAAGGUCUUUGUCGAAGCGCUAGCUCCAGCCCCCAUGUACUGGAUAGUUACACUCUUUGUGGUUAUCUCAGCUCUGAUACCAUACUUUUCAUACAAUUCAAUUCAAAUGCGGUUCUUCCCCAUGUACCAUGGGAUGAUACAGUGGAUUAGGCAUGAGGGACACACGAACGACCCUGAGUACUGCAAUAUGGUUCGACAGAGGUCAAUACGUCCCACAACUGUUGGUUUCACAGCUCGCUCUAUGGCGAGAACAAAUCCACUUGACAGUCAGAGGCAAACAACAACACAGACAUUACAUAUCCAGGUGCAUCGGUAAUCUGUUGUACAUUAUACUGGGGCUGUCUCUAAAUUUUUUCGGCCAGAGCUGCCACCGGGUCUGAAGAUCAUCAGGAAGUCUAAAGCAGAAACAACAUCCACUUUGAAUGAGAUGUUGCAGCAGAAGCAGGCCCGAACAGCUUGUAAAUGUGUUAAUUAGCCAUAGGGUGCCGCAAUAUGUUUAUUCUUUUAAAUGUGUUUUUUAUGUAAAUUAUUGGGUAUCUACGUCGUACAGAAGGAAUUUAAGGUAGAGAAUUCGGAUUCUUUUUCUGAGGGAAGAGAUUUUACUAGCAAGCUAGUCUCUUCCCAGGAGCGGGCUCUUCGUGUUUAGCUUGGUCUCCCAUGUGUUGUAAAUCAUGUUGAAACAUUCUGUACGAUGAGGAAAUUUUUUUUAUCUCUCUCUCUCAGAGAUUGAGAAGUAAUAUACGGACACGGAUUUUGCAUAUGUACUUUCUACCUACAAUUUUCUUGUAGGCAUUUUAUCCAUCUUUUUCAACUCUUAUUUUCCAUCUUAAUUACUCCCUCCGUC